AUGUUCAAAGCCAGCAGGACGCUCGCAGCGCUUCUCCCGUCGCUGAAUUUGGGAGUGAAUAAAACGGACUUUUUCACGAGUCUGUGGAGCAAGCCCCAGACGCGUGAUGAGCGGGUGAAGGAGUACGUGCCAGAGGUGCUGGAAGAGAGUCUCGAGCAGCAGCGCGCGGUGCUGGAGGAGAGCACGUCGCGCGAUAUUAUUGUCGAGCUCGGCAACAAGAUCCUGCAGGAGAUUGACAGCAAGAGCCCCACGCCGAGUAUCGCACCACACCUCAACAAGCUGUUGCUCCAAUACGGGGUAAAGGACGUGAUUGCGCAGCGGCCCCUGAGUUACUUGUUGUACCCCAACUCCUCAUCGCUAUCGGCUGGUGAGCAGGUACAUGAGCUCGUGUCCAGUUUUCCAGACAACUUCCGUGCCAUGGUUGAAGAAGUGGAGCGCAAUGGCUGCUCUGCUAGAACAGCUGCCUACGCGCCUGCCGCGCCGGAGGUCCAUGUGCCCCAGGCAGCACCUUCGGUAGCAGCGGUGGAGCACGAAGCCACGUCAGAUGCGCAGGUUGUCGGUAGCACGGUGGCGUCAGGAGAGGCGGCGUCCACUGUACCAGGUGGCCAGACCCCUGGCGACGGCAAGGCGUCCUCGUCAUCGCAGCCGCGUGCAGACAGUGUGAUUAUGGCUUCCAAAGACGAAUAUGAGCCGAUGGAUAUCACAAUGUUCGUUAAAGUGGCUGCUGGCAUGGCCAUGGCAAACCUGCACUGCGGCGACAUGCGUAACGCUGUGCGCUGCGUCGAUGCUGGAAUCGCCCACGCCAAAGAGGCAUCGCGUCUCGGCGGGCUGCUGGCACUGAAGGCAGGUUUGCUCGUGCGUCAGAAGAAGUUUGUCGAGGCGGCCGAGUGCGCAAAGUUGGCGGUCGAAGCCUCUGGCAAUAUACAGGGUUACCUUCAUGGCGCCUACGCCCUGCGCAAGCUGAACCGUCCGGAGGAGGCGGUGGCGCUGCUCGAGCAGGGGCGCGAGGACCACCCCAUGAACACGCAGCUCGAGGCCCAGAUCGAGGCCAUUCAAAAGGGGCUCAAGCUUGCGCUCCCGUCAUCGUCCUCGUCUUCAUCGGCAAGCAAGGACGCAGCCCAAGAAGCGCUUCCGGCGAAGUGA